GAGGAGAAAGAGGAGGAAGAGGAGGAAGAGGAGGAGGAGGAGGAAGAGGAGGAAGAGGAGGAAGAGGAGCCGGUAGCCGAGCGGAGGACAGGACAGCGGCUCAGACGGACCGAAGGGGAACCGGGACAGGUACGGUGCCUCGCCCGAACAGUCGUGUACAACGAUGGAGUUGAAUGCUGCUAAAAUGAUAAUCCUAGUCAGCGGUAUUGGGGUGCUCCCCUUCGUCGCCUUUGCAGCCUUUCUCAUCUGCCCAGGAGCGCUGCUGAAGGCCUACAACUGGUACUUGCGUCGCAGUUUGGGCCUGGUGGUCCGUUACUCUCGCAGUGGAAGUUACCGCUUCUGUUAUUCCAGCCGCGGGUCCCCGGGGGGCGCCACCCCGUCGCUGCUGCUGCUGCACGGCUUCUCCGCCAACAAGGACAUGUGGUUUCCCAUCAUCAAGCACCUCCCCAGAAACCAGCACGUGGUCUGCGUGGACAUGCCGGGACACGGGGGGACGAGUCGCACCGGCACCGAGGACUACAGCAUCCACGGCCAGGUCGCCCGAAUCCACCAGUUUGUGCGGAGUAUCGGCCUCGAUAAAAGACCCUUCCACCUGGUCGGCACGUCGAUGGGCGGGAAUGUCGCGGGGGUGUACGCUGCCCGCCACCCGGCCGACCUGUCCGGCGUCACCCUGAUGUGCCCGGCAGGUCUGGUUUAUCCCACAGACUCCGAGUUCAUCACCCACCUGAAGGAGCUCAAGGACACUCUGAAUGAGGACGCCAUCGCUCUGAUCCCCACCACCCUGCAGGACCUGAAGAACAUGCUGAGGCUCUGCUGCCACAAGCCACUCAACCUCCACCGACAGAUCCUCCAAGGUCUCCUGGACAACCGCAUCCCAGACAAUGGUUUCUACAAAGAAGUUUUCAUGGAGAUUGUCGGGGAGAAGUCUAUUCACGCGCUGCAGGAAAGCCUGCACCUGAUCACAGCGCCCCUGCAGGUCAUCUGGGGGAAGGAAGAUCUGGUGCUGGACGUUUCGGGGGCGGCGGUCCUGCAGGCGGCGCUGCCGAGCUGCCAGGUGGAGCUCCUGGACAACUGCGGCCACACCGUGGGGUUGGAGCGGCCGAGGAAAUCCGCCAAGCUCAUCAUGGACUUCCUGUCCGCGCAGAAAAUCAACGGAGGAGACGACGUCAAGAAACAAUCCUGAAGAAAACUUUUUGACACCACACCGCGCUGACCUCUGAAAACUUUGCGGUGGACGACGGCGGCUGCCCGAAGAGAGUGAUUGUUGUGACGGAGAUGAUGAGGAUGUUAACGAUAGGGUGUGAUAAGUGUGGUGGUUGAAACUGUAAAACUGAAACGAAUGCUCAAAAAUACCACAGACUGAUGACCCGUUUGGAUUUCACACACGAAAAGAGUCCACUUCAGGAUUUUGAACAUUUCUCUCUCAGAAAACAGUAUUUUUGUCUCUUGUUUCAUUGAAUGACAUCGUCAUCUGUUUGUGUUUGUUAAGUCUCCUGCUGCAUAUUUAAUCUCAUCUCAAAAAACCCAUUUAGAUUCAAAUUCCCACAAAUGAAAAAUAUUGAAGGUGAAUGAGUUGUGUGAUCUUUAGAAACUAAAAAGAGUUUGAUUAAUGAGGGUUGAGUCAAUAAUUUUAGCAUUUGUCUCUGUGAACUUGAUUAUUAAUUUGAUUGAUUGAUUUUUUGUUUUGUUUGUUGGGUGGCAACUCAAUCCUUUACAGCUCUAUGAAGGAUUUCAACCAUUGCCUUCGCACAUAUUUAAGGUGAAUCUUCUGCAUCGCAUCACCAGCACUACAUUGUACAACAAGAGUUGUGUAACUCCCAAUAAACAUGACUCUGUACCGAGAAA